ACCUCACCCUUUCUCACCUCCUUUCCGGUCUCUCCAGCUCUCAAAAUAUUCCUCAGUCACCUCUUCUCUUCUAUAUCUUCCAGUGCUCCUCUUCCUUAUUUUAAUUUCCUUUGUCCUGUGUCUCCGAAGAUAUAUAAUUAUAGACAUGGUAGUAGCAUCCCCAACUCAAAUUCACGGGGAAAAACUCCUGGCCAUUGAGCUCCCUGUAAUAGAUCUCUCAGGGGAGAGAUCAAUGGUGUCCAAUCUCAUUGUCAAAGCCUGUGAAGAAUAUGGUUUUUUCAAGGUAAAAAACCAUGGCGUUCCUCAUGACAUCAUUGCCAAAAUGGAAAACGAAAGUUUGAACUUCUUUGCCAAAACAUUCGAUGAAAAGCAAAAGGCUGGGCUUGCUAAUUCCUUUGGUUAUGGCUGCAAAAACAUUGGCUUUAAUGGUGAUACAGGAGAGGUUGAAUAUCUACUUUUUAAUACCAAUCCUCUCUCCAUUGCUGAAAGAUCCAAAACCAUCUCCAAUGACCCUACAGAAUUCAGCUCUGCUAUGAGCGGCUACAUAGAAGCAGUUAGGGAGCUGGCAUGUGAGUUAUUAGAUCUGAUGGCAGAGGGAUUGUGGGUCCCAGAUAGAUCGGUGUUCAGUCGACUAAUCAGAGAUGAUGACAGUGACUCAAUCAUCAGGUUAAAUCACUACCCUCCCAUACCUGUACUCUGCAAGGAUAAGGACUCCUCGUCACCUUGUAACCACAACAAGGUAGGAUUUGGAGAACAUUCUGACCCUCAGAUCUUGACCAUCUUAAGAUCCAACGACGUGGGUGGCCUUCAGAUUUCCCUGAAGGACGGUGCCUGGGUUCCAGUAACACCUGACCCUUCUGCCUUCUGUGUUAAUGUGGGUGACUUGUUACAGGCAAUGACAAAUGGGAGAUUUGUAAGUGUGAGGCACAAAGCCCUAACCAACUCGUACAAGUCUAGAAUGUCAAUGGCCUAUUUUGCUGCACCCCCACUUAAUGCAAGGAUCGCCGUUCCACCAGAAAUGGUUACACCCAUCAAGCCUGCCUUAUACAGGCCUUUCUCCUGGGCUGAAUUCAAGAAAGCUGCUUUUGCUCUGCGACUUGGAGAUAGCCGCCUUGGUCUAUUCAGGAUGGAAGUAGUUGAGCAAGUUGCUUGAUGAGUUUUUGAUAGCUUAGUAUUAUGGAAUAUAAAUGUUUAAAUAUCUAAGUUUAGCGUCUUUCUGUACCCCUGAAGGGGAAUUUUGCCGUUUGAUAUCCUUACCAUUGCUACUGUUUAUCCAGCGAGAGACUAGUAGCUUUUGGUGGGGUAAUGGUAUGUAAAACUGUAGUUUUGCCGUUAGUGUAAAAUUUUCCCUUUUGAAUAAUAUUUAGUGGCCAGUGGGAUGGUGGUUAGCUCUA